AGUUUACAUAUUGACAGUCACCACGUCACCUAUGUCAUCGCCUAUGACGUCAACAGUAGCUUCGUCGACAGUACGUACCGCCAUUACGACCUCAAUAGUAACGCCUCCAACAUCAGGUACCACAACGGAGGCUGCACCGAGUACUACACUCACUCCAUCUACAACGCCUCCAACAUCAGGUACCACAACGGAGGCUGCACCGAGUACUACACUCACUCCAUCUACAACUACUACAGUAUCGCAACCGACGCCAAAACCUACACGACCCACGUCGUGUAACCUGUGUAAUGGACCCCCGUUUAUCUGUGAGGAUAGAUACAUAGCUCACCAGUGUCAAAGUGUAGACCAGCAGUUCUGUGUGACGACCAUCCACAACAACGAUGACGGCACUCGGUCCGUAUUCAGGAGUUGUGCUACAGAAACAGAUUGCCGAGGAGCGAACAGGUCGUCUGAUGACAGAAGAUGUAGGGACUACGACCCAAGUAACCUGUAUCUGGACGACUUCCGGUGCUCGUGGUGCUGUAACACAGCACUCUGUAACACGGGGACUGUCCCUUCUGACCUGUACUCGCCCUAACUUUGACUAGACAGGGACCGCUUCUUACAACGUUAACUCGCUCUCGACGUCGGCAUCCCUAGAUCUACAGCUCCAACAAAACAAUCUUUGGGACAAAUGUUCUCGUCCUAAACUUCGACUACAACUAUCAACAUGCUCUACAGCUGCUAAAAAAUUGCUUUACAUAUAGUUUUGACAGGAGUCUAACAGAGGCGACAACAUCAAAUAUAUCUCUGUACAAAGUUACAGUAUACAAUUGUUUCAUGGCUAUUUGGGGAACAGUCAAAACUAUCAUCCCGAGGUAGGGGGAAGCCCUGGGGAACUGUUUGCCUGAGGCCGCUAGCCAGAAACAGUCAAAAAUGACUAAUUAUAAUUUAUAUAGACUAUUGGGUAAUAAUACUGAUUACUCUGUCAAUAUCGACUGUCUUUUGUGAUACUGUUACUCACCAAAGUCAUGUUGUCUUCAGUUACAUCACAACACACACCAAACUGCCUUGAUGGUACAACAGGCACUUUAAUUCAGAAAUAUUACCGACGUAUACAACACACAACUUUUCAUAAGAUUUCUUUGUUUAACAAUCUUUAAGUAAUAAAACAUAUCCAAAUCAACAUGCGAUUUGUUUUUCUUCAAUUCACAAAAAUGUGUGGACUUCCCUUUCAUGCCAUCUGAUUAGCGGACGUGACGUCGAC